AUGCACAUCACUGAACUUCCUUUAGCAGUCCCUAUUUUUGUUCUCCCGGCAGGUGUUGUUACUGAAUCAGAACUUGAAGUCAUAAACAAAUUAAAUGAAAAGACAACAACAAUCGAAACUAAAAAUGCACAUGAUUUUAAUGAAUUCUGCCUAAAAAGAAAACUCAAACAUGGUGACUCUUUCGAAGCUCAGUUUGUGCCCUUUAAUAACUUAGAUGAAUUUCUUCAAUAUUUCAAUAUUUUUAACUUAUCAGGCCGUUUUUCUUUCCAAGAUUGCUAUACAGUUGUAGUUCUUAUCGACUUUACAGUUAACCUCGAUGUAUCAAGAGUUCAGCAAAAUUUCGAACAAAUUUUUCAAAAUGCAAAAUUUUCUAAGCGCAUUGUUUACUUUUUAUAUAACUGUCCUGCAGACGAACUUGUAGAAAUUCCAAGAUUUUAUCAACUCCUUCAAUCAUUUAAUUUAUCCACGUCUACACAAACAAUUACUAAUUUUGUUAAACCUCAUGUAAUUGAUUCCAUUAUGAUGACGGACAGAUUCGUUAAUUACGCAGGCAAGAAGAAAUUCGCCCACGCCUACGAGUCAGAUACGCCAAAUGCGUUUAGAAUCGUAUCUCAUGACCCAAAUAUGGUUAUUAAGUCAAUUGAACAGUUUCCAAAAGCAUCGGACGGUUCACCGGAGAUGGUUGCCGCUAUCUGCGAAUUACACGCCCUUGUUGAUGAAAAAUAUCGAGGAUUAAUUAAGCCUCUUUCUAAGUCUAUGCUCGAAUUGUCACCAUGGUCGCUAAACGAAUCCGAUUCUCAGGCAUUUUGCUCGUUUUCUGCUGCUUGUGGAGCUUAUUUGAAAUUUAAUAAAUUUACAAAAGCGGUUGACUGUGCUUUACAUGCUAUGAAGAUGGAGCAGAAGGUUAUGACAGACAAAUACAUCUUAUCUAUCAUAGCAAAUCAUAUUUCUGAUGACAUGGAAUACAGAUCUUGGUGUUUUAUCAAGAUUCUCGAAGCAACGAACAAUUUUCAUAAGGCUGCUCUCGUUUCUUAUCGAGUUGGGCAAGCGUUUAAGAAGCACGAGCCAAUUCAGGGCCAAAUUAAAAAAUGGAUCGAUUUUAUGAUCGAAUCCAUCAGAAUUUUCCACUCUAGAAACGCUAUGGGUAUAGAGCUCAAGACAUUGUUCAGUGGAAUACUGUCGGAAAUCUUAGAAUCCGGACUUCCUAUUUCAUUAUACCAAUCUAACAAAUUAUUCAUCGAGAUAUUUGCAUUACAAGGUCCUUUAUUGCCUCCAAACACACAGCGCGACUUAAAUAGCUUCUUAUUAACAGCUUCAAACAAUGAUACGAAUUAUUCUUACAAAUUCCCAUUUUCAAUCAUUCAAGCUGAGGCUAUUCCACCUCAAGCAUCAAUACAACUUCCGAAAACUAUGAGUUCAGUGUUUAUUUACAAUGCAGUUUCAAAAUCAAACCAAAACCUCGUAAUUCCGGUCGGAUAUCCACAGAGAAUCGCAGCGAAAAUCCGAAAUCCCUACAAAAUACCUAUAAAAAUCUCAUAUUUGGUCAGCCACGUUGACGGUUUACAAUGUGAGCGUCACAACGCAGAUUUCAAAGCUCUUUGUGAUACAGACGUCAUCUGCAAUGUUACACCGCUCGUAGAAGGCAGCUUUACCAUUGAUUCUCUCAUGGUUUGCAUGUACGAUAUUCCUACAAUGGUAAAAUUACCUCAGCCCAUUACAUUUAAAUCCGUUGCCAAUGCCCCAACAUUUACUGUACGAACAGAUCUUCCAAACAACAAGACAAUUGAGGCAUAUGACGGAGAAAGCCUUACUUUCCAUGUUUGGGUACUUAAUACGUCAUCUCGUACAGAGAUAUCACAAGCACAGCUCCAAUUCAGACCAGAUGUCAUUCAUACAGUUACAUGUUCAGCUCAUGACAUGUUCAUUGAGCCAUUUGACGAAAGAUCUUUCACUAUUACAUUCGUGGCAAACACGGGAAUGAAGAAUCUUUCAUUCUCCGUUGUCUGUACCACUUCUUCUAACGUAACUUCCAUACUUUCCAUUGACCGACCAAUUAACGUUGUCCCAGCGAUUACAAUUUAUUCUAUUUACCCAUUACCACUUGUUCCAGAAGUUCCUUUGACUCCCCAGUCCAACAUAGUAUUCCUUGCCGUAGAACUCCUCAAUUCUUCAUCGGAAGCACUGAACGUAAAUUGCUCUUUCGAUCGAUCGGCUGGGGAAUUCCCCGGCGGUUUUAUCGGCUCAGAAAAGUUGAUCGGCGCCAUAGCUGGAAAUGGCAACAACUAUGUUUUCUUAUUAGCAGCAGCACGUGAUGAACUGAUGAAGUGCAUUGAGACAUUUAAUGAUGCACAACGAGCUGCAGCAUUGAGAAGUCACGUUGAAACAGUAACAAACAAAAAACUGACUUCUAACGAAUUCAAAGUUAUUCGGAAACAAGCUGCCGUUGGAUCUUUCUUCGAGAAACACUUGUCCGUUGAAUGGAACUCAGCAAAUGGAAGAAAUGGAAAGGUUGACAUGAGACUCCUUCAACCAGAAAAAUCUGUAAUAGAUUUAAUUGAAGCAGAAAACGUGACAGUUUCAUUGAAAGUAUUGAAUUCAUAUGGUCAUGAAAUACAGCCUGACAAAGUUCCUGUCAACAGCGAUAUCAUGAUUAUUGUGACAACAUCGAAAGAGUGCAAUUCGUGCUCUAUAAUGAUGUUUAACGAACCAAAUGUUGUUUGGGAAGAUUCUUUGACACAAGAAUUGAAUUCUUCUGAGUUUAAGUUCAAACUGUACUUCAUAGAACAGAACACGUACAACUUCACAGUCAGAUAUACAGUGGAUGGAAGAGAAUUGAAGUCUCCAUUCACUGUAACUGCUUUAUAA